AUGACGUCCAAGGAACCUCCAACACUGGAGCUUACACCCCUCGAGAAUACUUUGAAAACCCUCCUGCUCGAUGUCGCUCAUUAUAUUCGAGAAAAUGAAAUAGCCCAGGGACGUAAAGAUGCCCCAGAAACGGUGCUUCGGUUUACGGGGGGAUGGGUCCGCGACAAGUUGCUGGGUGUGGACAGCCAUGACAUUGACGUCGGAAUUAAUACAAUGACUGGGUAUCAGUUUGGGUUAAAGCUCAAGGAGUAUCUGGAUAAGCCGAAGAAUCUCGAUAAAUAUAGGAGGAACCAUGAAAACGGCGGCUUGAAGGAAGCUAUUAUCAGCCUCCAUAAGAUCGAAGCGAACCCGGAAAAAUCGAAACAUUUGGAAACGGUGACAACGAAGAUCUUUGGCCUCGAUGUGGAUUUAGUCAACCUGCGGAAGGAGUCAUACACAGAAAAUAGUCGAACGCCGCAGAUGGAGUUCGGAACGGCCGAAGAGGAUGCGCUACGUCGGGAUGCUACGAUAAAUGCCCUCUUUUACAACCUGAACGAGUCCAAGGUAGAAGAUCUUACAGGCAGAGGCCUCCAGGACAUGCAAGAUCAGAUCAUUCGGACACCACUGGAACCAUACCAAACCUUCAAAGAUGACCCUCUACGGGUGCUCCGCCUAAUCCGGUUUGCAAGCCGUUUGGGAUACCGUAUCGAUGAGCAGACGGAAGCCGCGAUGCAGCAUAGUGAUAUCAGCUCGGCUCUGAGGCUCAAGAUCAGCAAGGAGCGUGUUUUAGCUGAAUUGGAGAAAAUGCUUCGAGGUCCUGAUCCUCGAGGGGCGUUGCAUAUCAUUGAUCGCCUUGCUCUAUAUCCAACCAUCUUUGCCAAUCAUCAGGAUAAUGCUGUGGCGGAAACAACAUCCUGGUCUCUUGCCUAUAAUGCACUCCAGCAGCUAAUAUCCCAGAGCAAUGAACCGGGCCUUGUACAGCGUGUGCGCAGUUUGAUCAUUCGCGAUUCGCUCGAAACUUACUAUGCCUGGGUAAUCACGGCGUUUGCCCCUUGGUCAGAUGUCCCUGGGCGCGUUCAGACCGGGAACAAUGGAAAACCACUACCACCGCGGGCAGCAGAAGUCGCCCGAGAUAGUCUCCGUGCCGACAAUAAGAUGAUAACCGUUUUGGGGCUUGCUGCAAAGAACUGGCGUAACAUCAUCGACGUCAAAACUGCAAUUGUCGAAAACCGCAUGGAUGGUACGGCUGCUGAGAUUCGACAACGGGUUGGACUGUACAUCAGAUCAUGGAACAAGGACUGGAGGCUUUGCAUUCUCUUAUCUCUCCUACAAGAAAUCAUGCAAGGAGGAGACUUUAAUCCAGUGUUGGAAGGCUAUGACAAGUUUCUCUCCUAUAUUAUCGACACAGGCCUUCAGGAUGUGUGUGAAAUGAAGCCUAUCGUAAAUGGAGAUGAAAUCAUGAAGGGACUGGGAGUGCGCAAAGGACCAUGGAUGUCCAAGGCGAUGGAGUCUGUGAUACAGUGGCAGUUGUUGCACCCAGAGAUCACCGAUAAGGAGAAGGCAUUGGAGGAUCUUGACCAACUUCGCAAAGCGGCCCGUGAGGCCGCUCAACAACGGGCAGCCUCUUCUAUCCCGGACUCGAUUCUGAGUGAUAUUGAAGUGUCUGAUGGACUGGGCCAGCUAUGGCGAGACAUAUCAUCUCAGAAUGGGUCAGAUAGCUCCAUGACGUGCGAAAAUUUAAUCCUUACCCAAGGCUUUUUGAAGGUCUGGGGCCAGAGAAGCUUGUCAGAUAGGGAUAAGGCCGCUGUUAAUAACCUCUACGACUGGGCGAGUAGCCUUGCACUUCCUUCAUAUCUGACGGGAGAAUCAGAAACGAAAAGUGAGAGCCGACGGAAACAUGCAGUGGCUGUGUCGGUUCUUGAACUGUUGGCAAAUAUUCAUCCAGUGCAAGACUCAGAGAGCGCAUCUGAUGUCAUUAUCGCUUUGGCGAGUUUUACAUCUGAAAACGAUGCAUGGGUAAGUCAGGAGGCGCACGCUACCUCUACCAGGGUCCUAUGCCAAUUCAGGGAGAAAACCAAAGAAUCCUCUUUUUGGGAGAUGGUGGAAUCAAUCCUCAAGAAUCGAAUCAAGCCUCUUUUUGCAAAGACAAAGAACCCUUCAAUCACUGCGGCUGGCCGAAAGAACUUCCACCCCGUCCCACUCCCUCGAUUUGAUACGAGCGUUCUGGACCCUGGACACAAGCCAUGGAAGACGGAAGAUGUUUAUGUUACUACGUUGUUUUCCUGGAUUGUCAGUCUGUAUCAAGCCAACGAUCGCGACAAGCUAGAACGACACUUCCCUCUUCUAGUGCCACCAAUUCUCGCCUUGGUAGAUGAUGACAGUGUCGUUUUCAAAACGCGAGGAUGCAUCCUACUGUCCCAAUUCCUAAUACCCAUCCGCGAGAGCAACUCUGACAUUCUCCGACGAACCAACCUCUCCUCUGUUUUCGAAGACGCCAUUAGACCAUGCUUCCACUCUCUCCCCACGAUCACUCCGGAGGAAGAUUCCAUCCAAAUCCUGGGAGCUGCCUAUCCCGCUCUCCGCUCCCUACUCCAAACAACCUGUGGAGUCGCCUCCCCUGGAGCCCGAACAUCACCAGCACCCCAGAAAGACCGGGCUAUGUUUAUGUCCGCUAUGACCAAAACCCUGCGCGACCAUCUGAUUCCAUCAUUCCACCACAUCAGUUCCACAAACACCGCGUCAGAAUCGACCUUUGCAUCGUUUCCUCACCCUCGCCUUUCAACUCUCCUACUUGAGCAGAUCGCCAUCCUCUGCACAGACCUGGGCAUCCACACCGCAAAAUACCUCCAGGAUAUCAUCCCUCCUCUGUACAGCACACUGUCCAACCCCUUCGGCACCGCAAACCUACCGCUCUUGCUUUCUGCAGUUUCCGCAGCCCGGGCUGUGAUCCUCACCGCGCACCCGCGUAUCUGGCGAUGGCGCGGGGAACUUCUCGGCUCGAUAUCUGCUUGCUGGCUGCAUAUCGUGGAAGAUGAAGAGGACUCCAAAGGUUCGCGGCCGGAGCGCGAGACCGUUGCAGGGUUGCCUUCGGGUCCUGCGAGUACAGUCCCAUCAGCAGAUCUAGCAAGGCUACAGCGGGAGUUGCAAGGCCUGGUGUACUUGUUGAAAGUAGCGAUUACGAACCCCCAUGAAACGGAGCGCGGGGAGGGGCCGCUACAGGCGAAGGAGGGCAUUGCCAGAGAGAUACAAAUGCUGGUUGAUGCUGAUGAGACUCUGCGGGGGUGUCUUUUGGCGGAUAUCGAUGCGAAUGAUCCUAGUUUCUUUGGCUUAGAUGCAGGACUACGAUACGGGGUAUAA